GCACGCGGAUAUCAUUUUGAUUAGCAGCUGACAACCAAAGUUAUCGAGUUUUCAAUUUACAACCACAAUUCCACAACGCUACUAUCGAAUCCAGAUAGUCAAUCUUAACACGCACCCACGACAGCUCCUUCGCUAUGUAUCAGCAGCGGUUCGACUGAGUCAGUGCUCUGGAGUCCGUCGUCUAAUUGACGACAUCGUUGUCUAGCUAUCAGAUGGUUACGACCAUGUUGGGAGUGGCUGGACGGCAGCAGGUAUAGAUCCUUUGCUUAGAUGCCAUCACGGAUCUAUCCUGUGGACCUGACAUAGCUUCUCACUACAGUCAUAUCUUCCUCUUGUGCACAGGCUGACCGCCUACGCUUGACCAUCCCAUAAAUAUCAUUGGUUUAUCUCUCUGGUUCUCAAUCUGAUUCAGCUGGUCCAGUGAAUUGACCAUCAUCAUGGGCAUUCCUUUGGACAAAGCUGCGUUCUUAGCUUUGUUUCUCCAGACCUCGUUCUAUGGAGUGUUCCUCACUUUGUACUGGUUAACGCUAUUCGUCCUACUCAAGAAAACUGGCAUACAACGGCAACUCCUUGUCCCAGUAGCAACCCUGCUACUCUUCAUUGCAACGGCCCAUCUAAUCAUCGAUUUUGUUCGAGCGUUAGAGGCGUUCGUAUUCAAGGUGGAUACGGUUGGUGCAGAUGCCUACUAUUCCAACCUUGCUUCGCCAUUGGCUCUCACAUCAUUGGCACUUUACAUUACGCAAACCACUAUCGCUGAUGGUGUAGUUGUUUGGCGAUGUUAUAUCCUUUAUGACAGAACCCUCUUUAUUGCCAUCCCUGCUUGUCUUGUGCUGUUAACCUAUGGGAUAUCUGGGUACUACGUUGUCUGGUCCUUAUCUCGGACCCAUCCAUUACGCAACACCUUUGCUUCUAUCACUACAUUCUAUGCAUUGACCAUGCUUAUCAGCGUCGCCUGUACAAUUUUGAUUUCCUGGCGCAUCUAUCGGACCCGCCGUUUUAUCCCAGAUGGCCUUGCCGCUUUUCUACCUGUGUUUAUUGUCGUCGUCGAGAGCGGCGCUUUGUAUUCCACGAGUGUCCUUGCACUCCUUAUUGCAACAUCGGCCGGAUCCAAUGCACAAUACAUCAUGCUCUCCAUUAUCCCUCCUAUUGUGGGGAUCACAUUCUGCCUCAUCAUUCUGCAAGUACACUUCCACAUAGGUGGCAACCCCCCGUCUGAACAGCCCACUAAACCAAGGAGCACCAUCAUUAGCCUUCUUCGAGAGCGAGGUGUGCGGGACGCAGACUUCAGCAUGGAGCCGAUAUCUGUGCGCACUACAGAGGAGACAGAGAUCGUUCAGUUAGAUUUGAUGUGGGGAAAGAACAGCCAACCGGACUCCGGGGGUGUCUUUCAAGUAUAGAUUGGCCCGUAUUUCGCUUUCUCGUAACUGGAUUU